CCCUCGGUCAUAGAUAGAGAGGAGAGAAUAUAGCGAUAAAGAGGGAAUAGUGAGAGAAGGGGAGAGAGAGAGAUGGGCAGACCAGUAGAGAAGAAGAGGAAGAAGAAAGGCCGCCCCUCUCUCCUAGAUCUCCAGAAACGCAGCCUUCGCCUUCAGAAACAAGAAGAACAGCAACAGCAGCAGAAGCGAAACCCUAACCCUAGCUUCAACCCUUAUGCCCGCUUCCAUAACCCACCUGCCGUCCGCCUCGCCCACCGGAGCCGCAAUCCCGAUCCUGUACCGCCAUCUCCGGAAGACGACGUGGAUGAUGCGUCUUUGGAGGCCUCUUUGGAGGACGAUGAAGACGAAGAUGAGCCCGCCGAGAGGAGAAAGGAGAAGAAGCUCAAGCUUGUUUUGCAACUACCUCACCCCGAUGCCAAUUCCUCCGAUGCGGCCUGCUUCGCAUCAGAAUCGGAUGGGGCUACAACCAACAAGCGGAAGAUCGACGCUGUGAGAAAGCAGGCGGAAAGUAAAAAUUCCUCUAGGAAAGCGACGGAAGCGCCGCAAGGAGGGGCAUCGGAUUUGGGACCCACGACUUCUCUUCCUGACAAAAAACUAUUGGAGUUCAUCCUUGAUAGACUACAGAAGAAGGACACCUAUGGAGUUUUCUCAGAGCCUGUAGAUCCUGAGGAGCUUCCAGAUUACCAUGACAUCAUUCAACACCCAAUGGAUUUUGGAACUGUGCGAAAGAGACUUUUGAGUGGAUCUUAUAGGAAUUUGGAGCAUUUUGAGAAUGAUGUCUUUUUAAUAAGCUCAAAUGCCAUGCGUUACAAUGCACCAGACACAAUUUACUUUCGGCAGGCACGAUCCAUUCACGAGUUGGCUAAGAAAAGUUUUGCGAAUUUACGACAAGAGAGCGACGAUAAUAAUCCGGAGCCGAAAAUAGUACGCAGAGGUCGGCCUCCCGGUACCGGAAAAAUCAAUAUAAACCGGCCGGUUGCCAGACCGCUAGCUGAGAGAGCUGGUUCGGAGUUUUCUUCAGAAGUUUCACUUGCUAAUACUUCCAAUGGCAACCUUUCUUCAGGCCCGGUGAAUGAUUUGCUGAGAGGAGGAUCGGGAUCUCACAAACCUGUAUUAGUAGAUUUAUCUGCCAGGACUCAUUGUUUUCAGAGUUCAGAUUCAAAUAUUUUAAGCAGCGAACAUAAAUUGGAGAGAAGCGAAGAUUAUUCAGGGACCGUAUUGAAAGGUUCCUCAAAAUCUGGAAAGAAACUUUCUGCGAAGGAUGAGAAUUUUCGAGAUAUAAUUAAGCAUUGCCAGCUCUCCUCCAUGCCUGCGUUGACAGCUCCUGCUGGAGAUAGAAAAACUUUGGUGCCGGUUGGGCUUCAUAUGGAGUUCGCCUAUGCUCGGAGCCUCGCUCGCUUCGCUGCCAACAUUGGCCCUAUCGGCUGGAAAUUGGCCGCCAAACGGAUCGAGAAGGCGCUGCCUCCUGGAACAAAAUUUGGACCUGGGUGGGUCGGCGAAAGUGAGUUUCCUCAGCCAUCUUAUAAGCCCCCUUCGUCCUCAACACCUUCCUCGGCUGCAUCAGGAGAUGAUCCAUCUUCAACUUCUGCAGCUGCCUUUGACCGAUUUGUCUAUGCCAAUGAGGCGAAAGAUUCAUUCCAGCUUCGUCGGAUCGUGCAUUUGCAACCUCCAGCCAAUGGAUUCAAAGCUCCGUUCUCGCCCAAGCUGUAUCAAACGAAGUUCACCGCGUCGAAUGUCAGUCAAAGCAGCUUUGGUUUAUAGGAAACAAUGGCUAUAGCAACAGCAGAAACAAUUCUGGUCAUCAAUGGAUUCCAAUCUCUACUAAAUAGAAGGGGAGUUGCCGACCUCCGGGCACAAACCAUGGAAUACCCUUGCCAUUCUGGUGAAGUUCAACCACCUUACCGGAAAUCUGGCAAGUCGAUUUCCAGUCUGAUCCUGUGUUGGAGUUGGGAAUCAUCUCGUCGAUAUGGAUUUUUGCUUUUCAGACUUGAGAUUUUCUCCAUUAUAGAACAAUCGGACAUCGAUUCGGCACACAUGAAAUUUGGUCACAAUGAAGUGGGAGAUAGUUUUCUAGAAGUUUAGGGAACCUUCUAGAUGCUUCCAAGGAUAAAAUGCCAAAAUAAUCUCCUGAUUAUUUACAUGGUGUCAAAUUAGUUCUAAGAAUUUUUAAAUUGAGGUUGAAAUAUUCCUCCAUGAGGGUUAAUUCAACAAAAUUAAAAGUGUGGGGGCUAAUAUGAUAUUUUUCUACUCUGAGAAUAAAAUAAUCUCCUACAAAAAGUUGAAUGACCAAAUUCGACAGUUUUCUCCUGCUUCCGAUUUCUUCAGCUUCCAGUGGCGAUGGGUUACUGUUCAUUGCUCUCAAAUUAUAAGUAUAAUUCAUAUUAUAGCUUGGAAAUUUUGAGAUAGAAUUGAGGCUUAAUUUUUGUACAGAUAAAUUGAUGUACAGAGCAGUGGAAUGAAGUAGGGAAUCUUAUCUCUAUAUCAAAUUCUUUUGUGC